AUGGUGAUCAAAGUCUUUGUCGCCACAUCCUCGGGGUCUACAGCGAUAAAAAAGAAACAGCAAGAAGUCGUGGGCUUUUUAGAGGCCAACAAGAUUGACUUUCAGCAAAUGGACAUAGCAGGAGAUGAGGACAAUAGGAAAUGGAUGAGAGAGAAUGUCCCAGGUGAAAAAAAGCCUCAGAAUGGAAUUCCCCUGCCUCCACAGAUCUUCAAUGAGGAGCGGUACUGUGGGGAUUUUGAAUCCUUUUUCUCUGCUAAGGAAGAAAAUAUUAUUUAUUCAUUCCUGGGCCUUGCACCUCCUCCAGGCACAAAGGAUGAAAAAUCUGAUGCCACGAAUGGAACUGAGGCACACACAGAAGAUAAGGCAGUUGAAGGGGCUCCUGAAGAGGCUCAGUCCGACCAGACACCACCAGAAGGUCAACAGGUAAUUUUUCCUUUCUCUUUGUGAUCUGAGGGUUUUACCUGUGCUAAAGAUGUGAAACAUAAACCCACAAGCCCUCCUGGUGUGCCCCAGGGCAACUGAUAACAAUGUGCCUCUUGGAUGUAUUUUCUUUGAUAUCAGGAUGAUAUGAAACCUGGAUAAAACUCCAGGGAACUUUGUUCUGAUUCUGGAAUAACAGCAGCUGCCUUUUGCCACUUGUUACCACAAGCUUUUUGUUUUAUCUUGACGGUCAUUGGGAACCACAGUCUAGUUAUGGAGGAUAAUUUAGGACUAGACAUCCGAGUCCUGCUUGUGUCAAAAAAAAAAAAAAAGAAAAAAAAAAGAAAACAGAAAAAAGAAUUGCUGCUCUCAACAGCCAGCAUGUGCAGUGCUCCUAAAUCUGGUUGUAAAUGUUUGCUGCAGAUCUGGCAGUAACUUCUCCAGCCCUUGCAGAAUCCCUGGGCAGUGCAGAAACAGAGACCAGUG